UCUACUUGUCAAAAUAAUUUAGAAAAUAAGCAUCGCUAGAUAGCGCUGGUUCGCUAAAGUUAAAUUUUUAUAUUUUUCAUUUGUAAACAAACACCGAAAUAUCGGUGAAAAUCGGUUCAAACUUACUUAUUACGAUACUUAUCACGGACAUUUUCAAGUUUGUUUAUAUCAUUAAAACCCACCGACAGUUAGUAGAAUGGAGAUGGUUCUCCAAGCUAUUUUUGUUGGAUAGCAACUCACUCAUUGGUCAUGAAAGAAAAUUUCGUAUACACGAAUGUAUAUAGUAUAAGUGCUGCUCUUAAAAUAAACCCUGGGUCGUGAGAUUCGUGAGGAAGAUUCUCGUGGCAUCUUGAAUACUUAUGAAACCUUUUUAUUGCUUGCCUGCUGCACGAGGAGCUUCAGUACAAAUCGAGAUUUUGUAGCAUCAAGAGAUUAACUCACAAGAAUUCUUUAAAAAUGAUCAAAACUGAGUUAACAGCCCAAGAGUGGAAAGAAAAAGGCAAUGCCGAGUUCAAAGAUGGGCUGUACGAAAAGGCAUUGGUGUCUUACACAAAGGCUUUGAAACUUGCGGAAAAAGACAGCUUUGACAGGGCAGUGUAUUUAAAAAAUAGAGCUGCCGUUUAUCUAAAGCAAAAAGAAUAUGACAAAGUGAUCAAAGACUGUGAUGAAGCUUUAAAAAUCUCACCAAAUGAUCCAAAAGCUUUGUUCAGGAGGUGUCAGGCACUUGAGGCUAUGGAAAGGUUUGAGGAGGCUUACCGUGAUGCCAGGGCUGUUAUUCAAGUUGAGCCUACUAACAAAGUUAUUCAGCAGACUGUGGGCAGUCUACACGAAAUCACCCAAAAGAGAUUAAGAGAAACCUCAAAUACUGGCAAUAAGGUUUCACGAAUGCUUGAACUGGCCUUUGAUGCAAACAUCGACAGAGAAAAAAGAGAAACGGCAAUGAACAACUUGUUAGUUCUAGCCAAAGAAAGAGCUGCAGCUGAUCUUAUGUUCAAACAAGGAAUAUCAAUAAAGAUCCAUCGUCUUUUAAAGUCAGAGAAGAAUGAGAAUAUCAUAAUUGCAGCCAUUCGUAUUUUGGCUGAAUUGUGCAAGGAUAGUAUCGACAGAACCGAUAAAAUGUUGAAAGACAUAGGUAUUCCUUGGUUCUUGGAUGUCAUUAACAGCAAAAAUGAAGAUAGAGUGAAUGCUGGUCAAUACUGCAUACAGACUGUUCUGAACAGCUAUAGCGGUUUGACCACAAAACCCGAAUCAAAACCAAACAAGGAAAUGUGUGAAAAGUACAAGAAAGAAAUCGACACGAUCUUAACUUGCCUCCUUUACUCAACAACGAAUCGCACGUUCACUGGUGAAGGCCGAGAUGCAGUCAUCGAGUUGAUCAUGAGAAACGUUCACCACGACACUCUUAAUUGGGCUGAGAGUCUCGUUGAACAGCGGGGCUUGCAAAGAUUAAUGGAAGUUGCCAGUGAGCUCGAGGAGUACAAGUACGAGUCGGCAAUGAACGUCACAGGGUCCACGAAAACCAUUACCAGUGUGUGCUUGGCUCGCGUUUACGAGAACAUGUAUUAUGACGCAGCAAAGGAGAAAUUCAACGCAGCUAUAGACGAGUACAUAAAAGAAAAGUUACUUGAUCCCGACAUUGAAUCAAAGGUGCGAGUGACAGUGGCAAUCACGACAUUACUCCUGGGACCACUAGAUGUCGGAAACGGCAUAAUAGCAAGGGAUGGUAUUCUGCAGAUGAUUCUCGCUAUGGCAAACUCAGACGACGUGCUUCAGCAGAAAGUUGCUUGCGAGUGCAUCAUUGCAGCAGCCUCAAAGAAGGACAAGGCAACCAGCAUAAUAAACCAAGGUGUAAACAUCUUAAAAAAGCUAUAUCAGUCGAAAGAUGAUGCCAUCCGAGUCCGCGCCCUCGUUGGCCUUUGCAAGUUGAGCAGUUCCGGUGGCACCGACGCGUCUAUCCGCCCGUUCGCCGAUGGAGCAUCAAAAAAGCUCGCCGAAGCAUGCCGCAGGUUCCUCAUCAAUCCUAAGAAAGAUAAGGACAUGAGAAAAUGGGCGAUCGAGGGUCUCUCGUACCUGACUUUUGACGCCGAGGUCAAGGAGAAAAUGAUCGAAGACAAGGACGCGAUCCGUGCCAUGAUCGAGGUUGCGAAGAGCGGGGACAAGUCUGUCGUCUACGGUGUUGUCACGACCCUCGUCAACCUCUGCAACGCCUACGACAAGCAGGAGUUGAUUCCCGAGAUGGUAGAGCUCGCCAAGUUCGCUAAACAUCACAUCCCCGAGGAAUCGGAGCUCGACGACCCGGACUUUCUCAACAAGCGACUCACCUGUCUCGCCAAGGAAGGUGUGACCACAGCUCUUGUGGCUCUGUCCAAGACCGACAGCAAGAACAGCAAAGAGCUCAUAGCUCGAGUCUUCAAUGCUCUGUGCAGCGUAGUGGACGUUCGGGGCAUCAUAGUCCAGCAAGGGGGUGCCAAGGCGCUUCUACCUUUGGCACUCGAUAGCACGGACAAGGGCAAAAAGCAAGCUGCUCAAGCGCUCGCUCGUCUUGGCAUUACGAUAGACCCCCAGGUCGCGUUCCCUGGGCAAAGGAUGUACGAGGUGGUCCGGCCUUUGAUCGAUCUGUUGCACCCAGAUUGCAAUGCGCUCGAGAAUUUUGAAGCUCUCAUGGCACUGUGCAACUUGGCGGGUGUCAGCGACAGUUUGCGCAAGAGGAUGCUCAAAGAGGGCUGUUUCUUGAAGGUCGAGAACUACAUGUACGAGGAUCACGACAUGCUGGUGCGCGCUGCCACGCAGCUCAUCAACAAUCUCAUUAUGUGCGACGAAACAAUACCGUACUACGAAGGCAACAACGAUCGGGUCAAGUAUCUCGUUAUUUUGUGCAUGAGCGAGGACGAGGAAACGUCUUCGGCAGCUGCUGGUGCUCUGUCGAUGCUGACUUCGGUCAGUAAAGUCGUUUGCAACAAGAUCUUUGAUGCCAAGGAUUGGCUUGAUUCGUUGAGUUACUUGUUGUCUAGUCCUAAGGAAAGUUUACAGUACAGGGGAGCGUACAUCGUCAACAAUAUGAUGAAAUCGAGUAAGGAAAUCGCAGAGAAGCUCAUCGAGACUAAUAUUACGGAGAUUAUGCAGGCACUGGCUAAAAGUUCACUCCCAGAGCAUGAGAAGGUCAAAAAGUUGCUGAACAGCGCGUUGAAGAGCGCCGUUGACUAUAAAUUGUUGAAACCCAAUGACGUUGAUUUGGACAGUAGCGAGGUCGAGGAAUAAGUUUGUGAAAAAAAUUCAUCCUCGAACCCGUAUGCAUGCGUAUGUGUACAUACCGAUUAA